AUGAGUGACCAAAUAUCUCGCUUAAGAGAGUCGAGCGGCAUCCAAGCAUCAAUUUUCGAUGUGAAGGAAUUGAAAAGAGAAGAUAAGGAUAGUUCUGACGAGAAUAUGGACGAUGACAAUUGUUUUAAUGCUGACAUUGAUUUUUGCUUGUGCGAAACGAGAAAGCUAUGUGGUGGUCGUUACCACAUUGUUUUUGCGUAUCCUGAAACUCUCAUCUCGAGCAAAUAUGGAUGGGAGUUGUUGCUUAGCCAGCAGUACCAGGAAAAUGUUGUUGGAAUCGUUAUAGAUGAAGUGCAUUGUAUAGUGGACUGGUAA